GUUUGUUUUUGCCUCUUUUUGAGUUUUAUAUUGUUAUUGACUUAUUACUCAAUAAUUGAUUUGUGAAAAGAAAAAAUAAAAAAUAAACAAUUUUUUUUUUUUAUAUAAUUUUGCUGAAUUUAACAAAUGUAAUUAUAACAAUCUAUAUAUGUAUACAUAAAUGCAUACAUAUACAUACAGAAUUUUUUUAUAAAUAAUUUUUGAUUUUACAAAUUUAAAAAAAAAACGUACUCAAGUGAACUUCUUUUAUAUUUCUACUGGCACUUAAAAAUAAUUUUUUUUUUAAUUAAAAUUGCCUAUAGCUUAAUAUAUAGUGUAAUUAUUUAGUGUUUAUGUAUAUGUACAUGAGCUAGAGCAGUAUAAUAUUGUGUACAGGUGCCAAUUUGUGGGUUUUUCGUCGUCUAUUUUAAACCUUGAUAACACCACUUUUUCAUUGUGUUUUUUUUUGUAUUUUCAUAUUAUUUUUUUGUUGUGUUCAUGUAAAUAAAUAUAGUAUAUUUACUAAAAAUCUAUUAUAUAAUAUAUUGUAUGUAUGUAGAUAUAUGUAUUUAAAAAAAUUAAAUAUGUAAUAUUAUUGUGUGCGAAAUAGUUAAUUAUAUAAAAAAUAAAAAAAAAAAAUGAAAAAAAAUAUGCGUAUAUUUGCUACCUACACACGUACUUUAUAAAUUUAAAAUAUACACACAAACAUACAUAAACAAAAUUUUAUGUACUAAGAAAAAAAUAAUAAAAAAAAAAAAACAAAAAUAAAUUAAAAUUAACAUUUUGCUUUCUCGCGAAAUUUAAUGUUAUUUUUUAUUUUUAUUGUGUUUAAAGAUCUAGUAAACUUAAACUGGAGAUAAUUUUAAACAAUAUUAUUAAUUUGAUUUAUAAUAUUUUAAUAAAAAUUAAAAUUUUACCAAAAAUAAUUAAUAAAUUUCGGAAAAGAUGACGACGCGUUGGAAACAAAAAGCCUCAUGGGCUGCAAUUGUUGCAUUUUUUGGUUUAUUAUUAUUUAUAAUUUUAUUAUGGUCAACAUUACGUCAACAUGGUGUUAUGACAACGAAUAGUACUAAUAUUAAUAUUAAAGAUAAAAUUAUUAAUUAUAAUAAUAAUGAUCAAAAUAUAAAUUUAAAUAGAUAUAAUAAAUUUAAUGUGAAAUUUUCAAAUGAAAGUGAUGAAGAGUUUAUUAAAAAAAUGAUUGAAGAAGAAAAUAAAAUUUAUAGUGAAAUUGAACCAAUUAAUAAUUUUAAUGAGGAUAACAAUAUAAAUUAUAAAAAUCAAAAUUUGAGCACCACACUUUCAAGAAAUUCUACGGUAGAGUACAUUAGUCUGUCAAAAAUUCAUCACAAUCCAUUAAAUAAGGAUGAUUUACUUUAUGAAUCGGAACGUAAUAAAAGUAUAACAGACGAUUACUAUCAAGGUUAUAAAACCGGAAAUUUUAGAAAUAGAUCAAGUAAAAUAUGGGAUCCUCAUCCAGAGUACAUUAUUGAUGCAUUUGGUCAAAAAAUACAUCUUAUGCUAUACCAGGAUACUUCAUUUGUUCCACCAGAUUUUAAAGUUACUCACGUUUAUGAAAAUCAAACGAAUCGUAUACCUGAAAAAGAAGAAGAUCGCUAUCACCUGGAAUGCUAUUAUAAGGGACGAGUUAAAGAUGAUGAAAAAAGUGUUGUUGCUGUCUCUUUGUGCAAUGGAAUGACCGGGCACAUUCGAACCAGUUUUGGCUCAUUUUUUAUUGAACCAAUUGAAGAAUAUACAAAAACCGAUACUGAAUUAAUACAUAAAAUUUGGCGAGAAAUUGGACAUCAUCAUAUUUAUAAUGAUAUCGAAAAAAAUAAUGGAAAACAUUCACAUUGUCCAAUAGCUGAAGAACAUAAUCAUUCUGACGAUGAAAGAACCAUUGAUUUUGUUGGUAAUUCAAAUGGUAAAGAUGAAGUUAUUGAAGAAACAAAUAACAAUCAUAAUUAUAACAAUCAUCAUCAACAUCAUCGUAAUCAUCAUCAUCAUAAUCAAAAUCAAAAUGAUGAUCAAUAUUAUGACCACCAGCAACAUCAACCACAACAACAUUUUCCUCUUAACCAAAAAGAUAAUCCAAUUGCUGAGAACAUAAUUCGAAGACGUCGAAAACGUAAUACAUUUGAGAAUCAAUAUACAUUGGAAGUAUUGGUUGCAGUUGAUCGUGCAACUAUCGAUUUUCAUGGUGAACAUAAGAUAAAAAAUUAUGUAUUGACAUUAAUGGGUGUUGUAUCAAGUAUAUUUAGUGAUGCUAGUAUUGGAAACGCUAUUAAUGUUGUUGUAUCUGAAAUUCUUUUAAUUAAAGAUGACAUUGAAAUACAAAAAUACCGAGGGCAUGGCGUAAGUGCUCCCUACUACUUAAAACGAUUUUGCAGUUACAUUGAUAAAAGAAACUUCCAUUACGACACAGCUGUAUUGAUUACAAGACAUACAAUUUGCCGAAAUGAUACCGAAAUGAUAUGCAAUACAUUGGGUUUAGCUGAACUUGGUACAGCAUGCAAAAAGAAUUCAUGUUCAGUUGUUGUAGACAAUGGAUUGAAUGCAGCAUUUACUAUUGCACAUGAACUAGGACAUAUUUUCAGUGCACCACACGAUGAUGAUAAAAAGAAAUGUCAUAAGUAUAAUAUUGGUAUACCUCCACAAAUGAAUAUUAUGUCAAGUACAAUGGCAGCACACAUACAUCCAUGGACUUGGUCAGACUGCUCAAGAGGAUUUAUCGAUGAAUUUUUAGAAAAAGAAGAUGUGUCGUGUAUGAAAACAUCAGCGAGAAAUGAAAUUGUUGCCUCUAAUAAACGUUUACCAGGUGAAAAAUAUUCAUUAGAUGAGCAAUGUAAAUUAACAUUAGGUCCACAUGCAUCUUUAUGUACUUCAAUAACGCAAGAUUGUCGUCAACAAUUUUGUACCGAAUAUGAUGAAAAUACAUGUAAAUCGAAUGGACCAUGGGCAGAUGGUACACCAUGUGAUGGUAGAAAUGUUAAUCAUUUUUCAAAAUCACAUUAUUGGUGUCAAAAAGGUGAAUGCGUAUCAAAGAAUAGUAAACAGGUACCAAGAGAUGGUGGUUGGAGUUCAUGGAGUGAAUGGUCUGAAUGUAGUCGUUCAUGUGGUGGCGGUGUACAAGAAUCACAUCGUGAAUGUAAUAAUCCGAUACCAAAGAAUGGUGGUAAAUAUUGUAUUGGUUCAAAACGUCAAUAUAGAUCAUGUAAUACAAUGGAAUGUCCCGAAACUGAUAUGGAUUUCCGAGAAAAACAAUGUGCUGAUUUUAAUCAUAAUAAUUUUGAAAUAAGAGGCUUACCUAAGAAUGUACGAUGGAUAGCAAAAUAUGGAGUUGCAAAACGUGAUGAAUGUAAAUUAUAUUGCCGAGCUGAAGGUGAACCAAAUUAUUUUCAAUUGGCUGAUAAAGUUAUUGAUGGUACAACAUGUUCAUAUGAAAGUUUCGAUAAAUGUGUUAAUGGUGUAUGUCAGCCAGCUGCAUGUGAUAAUGUAUUAAAUUCAUCAGCAAAAUUGGAUCGUUGUGGUGUAUGUAAUGGUAAAAAUGAUACAUGCACUGAAGUUGUACGAAAAUUCUAUAGAUAUCAGUUAUUAUCGAAUCAGAGAUCACACAAUGGUUCAACAUUUUAUUAUUAUGUUGAUGUUAUACCAAGAGGUGCUUCAAAUAUUGAAAUAAUUGAAGGAAGCCCCGGAAAAUUAACAUAUAUUGUAUUAUUAGAUGACAACCAAAAAUUUUUAUUGAAUGGAAACAAUGUGAUUAGCAUCUAUAAAUUUAAUUUUCCAUAUGGUGGUGUUAAUUUUGAAUAUAGUGGUGCAAAUAACCAAACUGAACGUGUCAAUACAACAUAUUCAAGGAAAUUGAAACGAGAUCUUGUCAUAAAUUUAAUUGUAAUGCCUAAUGAAAAUGGUAGUACUAAUGAAUUACUAUUAACGUAUUCAUAUACAAUUGCAAGACCAUAUAUAACAUCAAUUGAUGAUGAUUAUGAUGAUUAUAACCAUCAUCAGAUUCAUCAUGAAAAUCAAUAUAAUCAACAUCAUUAUGAUUCACAUCGUAAUCAUCAACAACGACAUCAAAAUGAAAAUGAAGAUGAUAAUAAUAACAUUAAUAAUAAUUAUCCAAAUAUAAGACCACAUGCAUAUCCACAUGCACAAAAAGUCGAGAUCUAUAAAUGGGAAACAGAUCAAUGGACACCAUGUGAUUCAAUAUGCGAAGGACAACGUAAAAGAUCAUUUGUUUGUGUACAAGUUAAUGCUGGAUUAAAAGUUGCAUCAACAAAUUGUGAUCCAAAUUCAAAACCAUCAAAUACAGAAUUAACAAGCAGUUGUAAUGAUCAUUGCACGUUAAUGGCGAAUGUUACCAGUGUCUCAGAAUGUAGCGCUACUUGUGGACAAAUUGGUAAUCGGGAAAAAUACUAUACAUGCAUACAAAAAUUUCAUAAUGGUAGUUCUGUUAUACAAGAUUUAUCAUAUUGCCAUCAGUUACCAAUGCAAAAGUAUGAAAAAUGUAGUGAAGCGUGUUGGAGUUAUACUGAAUGGUCCGAGUGUUCUAGAUCUUGUGGAACUGGUCAAAGAACUCGUCAAGUUAUUUGUAUUUCUAACGGUAUUCAAGUUGAUGAAUCACAAUGUAAUCCAGUAAAACGUCAACAUUAUCAUGAAUUAUCACAAAUUUGCAAUACUGAACAAUGCCCAGAAUGGAUAAGAGAUGAAGCACCACAUCAGGCGUGCUCUGUAACAUGUGGUAUUGGUCAACAAACAAUUGAUCAUGUUUGUAUGCAAAAUAAUAAACUUGUAGAUAAUCAUUUAUGUUCUGAUGUACCAAAGCCAUCAAUAAUAAUUGUAAAUUGUACAAUGCCACCAUGUCCAACUACCACUACUACUACUACCACUACUACCACUACUACCACAACUACACCUAGAUCUACUGCUAUAAAUCAGUAUACACGCAGCAGAUACAAUACUUAUCACCCAACAAAUCCUUAUGUUUAUGAUAUGAAUCAGGCUCUUCGUCCUAGCUAUACUAUUAAACCACCAUACCAGCAAAAUUAUGAACUAUCUAACGGCAUAAAUUCUGAUGAAGAAUUGCCUGCUAAAUGGGAAGUUGGAGAAUGGAGCGAAUGUAAUAAUAUGUGUGAACGUAACCGUAGCGUUUAUUGUAAUGCAUCAUACCCAAGGAAUUGUCCAAUGAAGGAUAAACCAGUAAAUAGGAAAAGAUGCUGCAAUAUUAAAUACGUUUCAAAAUUAUCAGCUUGUUCUGCUGAUUGUGGUAAUGGUUUCCGCACAAAAGAAUUUUACUGUGCAAAAGUUUUUAAGUUAGAUGAGAAAACUAAAAAAAGAGAAAAAAUACCGAUUGAUGAAAGUUAUUGCAAACGUUUGAAGUUAAACAAACCGAAUUCAAGAGGAUUUACAAAACCGUGUAAAGUUGGAUGUCAUUGGAAAGCUUUAGGUGAUUGGACUGAAUGUACACCUGAUUGUAGAGAGGAAUAUUCACGACAAACCGUACAUUGUGUAAAUAAAGAUAAACGAUUAAUACCAAAUGAAAAUUGCGAUCGCCGCAACAAACCAGAAACUCGAAAACUUUGUACUAAAUGUAAUAAAAUAAGAACCGAAGUUAAAUAUUCAAACUGUCUUUGCGAAGGAUAUAAAAGGAAACGUAUUGUUUGUUUUGAUUCUCGUAAUAAGCAUGUUCAGUGCCCAGAUAAAUAUCAUUCUAUAUCAAAAGUACCGUGUAUACCACCACCAAGAUGCAAUGCCCAACCACGUUCUUGUGCAGAAGUGAAACGUUUAAAGCAUACAACAAAAGAUGGUGAAUAUAAUAUAUCAAUCAAGAAUCGCACAGUUAAAAUUUAUUGCCAUAAUAUGGCUGGACAUCGACCAACUGAAUAUAUAACCGUCGAUUCAGUUGAAAAUUAUUCAGUUUAUUAUGAUAAACGUGCACGUAACCUAAAUAGUUGUAAUAAUAAUGAAAAUGAAGAAUUUACUGAUUCAAAUAUUAGUUUUGGUAGUACAAUGUUUGAAAAAGUUCGAUUAAAUUUAAAUCACCCGAAUCGACUGCAAAUUAUUACAGAUGAUUAUAAAUUUGCAAGAAUACAAAGUAAUGCUCAACCUUUAGGAACAGCCGGUGAUUGCUAUAAUAAAAACUUAAAAUGUCCGAAAGGACAUUUUUCAAUCAAUUUAUCUAAUACUGGCUUUAGAAUAAGCGAUUCUGUAAAAUGGGAAUCGGAUGGAUAUUAUGUCAAAAUGCAAUUAAGAGAUAAGCUCUUACCACCAUAUCAAGUUGUUCGCGGAUUGUGUGGAGGUUAUUGUGGAACAUGUUCAAUAUCCAAAUCUACAGGACUAAUUGUCGAUGUGGUAUGAAUACCUACCAUGUACGAAUAUUCUAAAACUCAAUAAUAAUAUGGAACACUAUAAAAAAAUUUCAUAAUAUAUUUCCUAAAAUCUUGAUUGAUAGGAAAUUAUUAAUUUUUUAUAGUGAAUUUGAGUUUUUUUUAUAGCUAGUUUUCAAAUGAAAAUAAUUUAAUCACAGCUGAUCCCUCCGAUUAAAAUACAACACAGUCAAUUAUUGCAGUAAUAUUAAAUACAAAAUUUAGAAAAACUAUUUUACAUGCAUAUGUAUAUUAUACUUUGUAAAGAAUUAAUUAACAUUCAAAUUAUGAUUCUGAAAGAUCUGAAUUUUGUUCAGAAACUAAAGUAUCAUAUUUGAAAUUUUAUAUUAUUAUAUAGUAUUGAAAUAUUUUUGAUUGUCAGAACAAUCAUGUACAUACUAACUCAUUUAAUUGAAAACAAAUAAAAGUAAAAUUGUAAUUGAGAAAAAAUGGUAAGUAUAUCAAAGGAAGAAAAAAAAAUAAUAGUUGUGUAGUAGAGUAGCCAACAAUGCAAGUUAAAAAAAAAAAAUUUACAUAAAGUUCAUAUCCAGAUGAGUUAUUUAUUUUAAAAUUUAAUUAUAUUACUUGUCCAAGAUAAUUAACAUAAAAAUAAUUUUUGGUAGCUAUAUAAAAAUAUAUAUGUACAAUAUAACUAUAUAUGGCUAUAUAUAAUUUAAUUAUGUACAUUUUUUUUUUGCUUUUCCCUUUAAAUAAAACAUGUAUGAAAUUAGCAAAAAAAAAAAAGGGGAGAUAUUUUGAAACUGCCCUCUAAGAGGGUCUUCUAUAUUUUAUUUAAAUUAUAAUUUUAACUAAAAAUGAAAAAAUCAAAAUAAGUAUGUAAAUUAAAAAGUAAAGUAUAUAAAUUCAUAUUAUAUAAUACAUAUUACGCAUACAUACAUAUAAAUAUAUAACAACGUAUUUUUUAAAAUUUAUUACAAUAAUGUAUUUUUUUAAAUUUUAUCUUUUCAUUGAGUAAUUUCUUGUUUCAUUAAAAGUUUGUAUAUAAAGAAUUUUAUAACUUUUCAAAUCCUCUUUAAACGAAUAUGAAUUUAAUUUACUAAAUCAUAUCCAUACAAUUUAUUACGCACAAAUUUUAAAUUUCUAGCAAUUAGAGAAGUAAAAAGUUAUUUUGUAUUAUACUUUAGAUUUUAAUUUUUUAUUAUAGCAUUUCAAAAAACAUUUUGAUUCAAUGCAAAAUAUUUUGAAAUGUUAAUAAUAAUAAAUUCUUUUAUAUCCUUUAUUAAUAUGUGAAUGUAGUCAAAAGUAAAAAUCAAUUUCCGGUUCAUCAAAAAUCAAUUUUAGUCUAAUAUUUAUAUUCUUUUAUUACAAUUGUAAUUUUUAAAUAGACGUGAUGUAAAUCUAAAAUUAAUAAAUAUAACUUCAAUGAAUUUUAUCAAAAUAUGUAAUUUAUUUUUAAGUUAAUUUUACAAAUAUGUAACAAUAAAUAAGUAAAUGUUAUCAAUACUACAAAAAAAUUAUACAAAAAUUCAAUGAAACAAUAAAUUACUUUAUAAUAUUGAAUACAUAGCAAAAAAAAAAAUAAGAAAAUUAAAAAAAAAAUUAUACAUAUAAUAUAUUUGAUUUAAAGAACUUGUGCCAUUUAUUAAGAUUUUACUAAUUUUUAAUUAUAUAUUUAAAAAAACAAAAAGUAAAAGUAAAUAAGUUCGAUUAAAACUAUAAAUUCUAAAAAAUAAUACCAAUCAAAUUAUACUAGAAACACAUAAAAUAAGAAAAAAUAUUCGAAUCAUUUUAAU